AUGGAUGUUGAAUACCAUAAGUAUCUUCCCUCGUAUCGCUCACUUUUGACUCCAAACGCUCAAUAUGAUUACAAGACCCACCAGGUGGUGCAGCUCAGCCAGCUGGACUUGAAGAACAUCAUCUCACGCUUCCAGCUGAAACAGAGCUCGUCUCUGACUAUCAAAAUGAAGUACAAGUCACUCCUCAGCGAUGUUUCUCGCAAGGCGCUGAUUCUCUCCAUGAAGAUGCAAUCAAGCUUACAGAAUCACUCUAUGUCUCAAGCACAGAACACGUUGAAGGCAACUCAGGCAUUGUGGAACCGCUGCAAGCACUUUUCGCAACUCCCGACGGAGAUCCAGAUCCAUAUAUUCACAUUCGUGGAUGAUCACGAGGCCUACCGCAACUGCCUCUUGACCAGUAAGCGGUUCUACCAGCUCAGCAAGCCGUUUUUGUAUCGCUCCAUCCGCUUUACAUCAACUUAUCGCUUUGCUCAGUUCAUUACUUGUAUCCGGAUCAAUUCCGCUCUCGGCUGCUAUGUAUAUGAAGUUGAUUUAUCACAGCUCAAACCUGGAAACUGGGAGUUGGAGAUGAAUGCGGAAGAGGGAAACGAUGCCAUGGAAUCCGACGAUUUAUUUGAGAAUCCGGCCUCUAUUUUGGCAGGUUGGCGUGACUGGAAAUUCAAGAACAACCCAUUGUAUGCGUUGCAUCCAGCCGCUGCAAUUCCCUUGACCAAGGCAAUUUCCAACAGUUCGCUCAACUCGAACCACGCACCAAAAACUGCCAAGCUUACAAGGUACUUCAAGAAACGAAGAAGAUCCUCGGGAUCUGUCUCGUAUGCUCAGGUAAACCACCACACGAAUCAUCCAACGAACCACAACACUCAUGCCAAUACAAAUGCAAUCCACAACAGUUCAGCAAUUAGCAAUAACUGGCAUACUCACGCCAAUGCGCCACAUCCUAAUAUCAAUAAGUUUCUCAUGAAUUAUUCUAGCUCCAAGGAUGUGCCCGUUGGCUACGUGCUUCACUUGAUCAAUUUGUGUCCAAAUCUCGAGCGCUUGAACUUUGGAAAUCUCUCCUUGUCUUCCGAUUAUAGAAUCGUUCAACCCAUGGCCCACAAGUACCAGUCGUAUGACGUGAUGAACAAUUACCAUAAGGACUUGUUCAAGGUGAUUGAUUCCAUCUCCCCAAAAUCAAUGGAUUCAUCGCUUCCACCAUUCAACGAGGAGUUUCUGUCUUGGUCCAAGGACAACCGAUUUGAGUCGUCUGCGUCGUCGGUUUUUUCAAUCAACACAUUCUCCAAACCUAUCAGAAAGUACAAUAGUUUGCUCCCACCAUUACCCAAAUCCGUGGUGGAUUUCCUGUACUUGUCCAAGGGUGACGGCAGAGUCUAUUUGAGUGAUUUAAACUUGAAAUCCAUCACCAACAUGCAUUUGGAGGUGGUUAACGAGUCUGAAGUCUUCCAGUGUCUCAGCUUGCGCUCUGAGAGGUUGCAAAACGUCAAUUUGUCCUCCAUGAUUUCCAUCAACAUGAAGAUGGUGCGUGAAUUUUUGGUUAAGAUGCUCAUGGCAGACUUAGAGCACAAGAAUAUUGAUGGAAGGGAAUUGUUACUUUUCUGUGGAAAGUACUUCGAGGUUGGCGAACCCAUCUCCAACAAGGAAGAUUCCCGCAAAGUCGCCUUGGGAGCUCGCCGGUCGGGGCUCAAGGUUCUUGAUCUUACGGAUUCGGGUAUGUACAAAAACUUACAGUGGGCGCAGAAGAUCGACACCGAUACUUACGAGGGUCAGAAGCUAAUUCACAGAAUCAUCAACGAAGAGUUGAUCAGCAGCUUCGAGGAGUACGUGAUCCGCGAGCGAAUUCGCCGUGGCCGUAUCGGGGAGAAUUAUUUCUCGUAA